AUGCCUAUCCAUCUCGGCUUGACAAGGGUGUUAAAACUUCUUAAAGCAUUGGGAAAUCCACACUUGACUGGAAAUUUCAAAGCAAUACAUGUGGCUGGUACAAACGGUAAAGGCUCUAUUUGUAAUUAUCUCUCGCAUAUCUUAACGGCAAGUAAUAUUACUAAUGGACGAUUCACAUCUCCUCAUCUUCUUACUAGAAGUGACUCGAUUCAGAUCAAUAAUAUUCCGAUAGAUCCCAAAGUUUUUCAAACAUUUGAGAACCAGGUAAUAGAUACAGACAGACGAUUCAGUAUUGGUUGUACUGAAUUUGAACUUCUGACAUGUGUUGCUUUUGAAGUUUUCAAGGAGAAAAAGGUUGAGAUAGCCAUAUUUGAAGUUGGUGUCGGCGGAAGAUUAGAUGCUACAAACGUUCUUCAAUCUUCUAAUUUACUGUGUACUGGUGUGGCCAAGAUUGGUAUGGAUCACCAAAAGCUGUUGGGCAAUACUAUUGAAGAAAUAGCUACUCAAAAGCUUGGAAUCAUGAAGCAAGGUAUUCCUUGUGUUAUUGACGGCACAAACGUUCCAGCCGUGCUAGAAUUGGCACGGAAAAGAGCUUCGGAAUUGCACAGUAAACUUUAUGAAGCUUUAAUCGACUCUCAGACAAAAUACAGGUUUGGCCUGUACGGCGACUUUAAGACUCCACUUCAUGGAAAGUAUCAGCAGAACAAUCUUUCUGUGGCAUUAAGGCUUCUCGACAUAGCCAGAGGACAGGGCUUUGCGAACAUUACAAAAGAUACAAUCGCGAAGGGUUUGGAGGAGACCAAAUGGCCAGGAAGAUUGGAUGAAUUUGAUUUAAGGCUUCCAGGUGGAAAUUCUUUACCUGUUCUUCUUGAUGGAGCCCACAAUAUUAAUGCAGUCACAGAAUUAAUACAAUAUCUUGACGAGAGCUAUAGGGUAAGACAUGGUGGUAAAUAUAACAGUCUUAUUUAUGUUAUGGCUGUGAAAAAGGACAAGAAUAUCAAGACAUUGUUUAAGAAACUUUUCAAGCCAAAUGAUAAUAUCAUAUUCACCACAUUUAACGAAAAUAUUGAGGGGAUGCCUUGGGUCCGUUGUACACAGCCUAAGCUUCUUAAAGAAGAAGCUGCGGGUACAUCCAAUACGAUUGUGUUAAAGCCAACCUUGAAUGAUGCAUUAGAUGAAGCCUACAACCAACAUUUUAAGACAGGUAAGGAUGUCGUGAUAUGUGGAAGUUUGUAUUUGGUUUCGGAUGUGCUAAGGUAUCAUGUAGCCAAUGGCGGUGUUAUAAGUGGAUAUAAAUAA